AGUCAUCUCCACAGUUGGUGCAGUUAUCAGUAUAUAAUAAGCAUGUAACAACUCAGGAAGUAUCCACUUUACCAGUAGCCUUUGCACAAAUCUACUCCUAUUUGUUACAAUGGAAUUGGCCAAGCUGUUCAUUACCCUUCUCAUUAUUGAUGCUCUCUUUAUCUCCCAAAUACGAGUCCAAGCAGCCCCCACCAACUCAAACCUCUUCAGAGAAUAUAUAGGAGCUGAGUUCAAGAAUGUCAAAUUUACCGAUGUACCCAUUAACCCAAAUGCUGAAUUCCACUUCAUUCUCUCCUUUGCUAUAGACUAUGACACCUUAAGCUCUCCCUCUCCAAACAACGGAAAAUUCAACAUAUUCUGGGACUCUGCUAAUCUUAGCCCUUCCCAAGUUUCUUCUAUAAAAAAUGCUCAUUCGAAUGUAAAGGUGGCCUUAAGCUUAGGAGGGGAUAGCGUGGGGGAUGGCUUCGCUUACUUCAGCCCCUCCUCAGUGGAUUCAUGGGUUUCUAAUGCUGUUUCAUCACUCACAAGGAUCAUAAAGCAGUAUCAUUUGGAUGGAAUUGAUAUUGACUAUGAGCACUUCAAGGCUGAUCCUGAUACCUUUGCUGAGUGCAUUGGGAAGCUUAUAACAACUCUGAAGAGGAAUAAGGUAAUUUCGUUCGCUUCUAUAGCUCCAUUUGAUAAUGAUCAAGUUCAGAAACAAUAUUUGCCCCUGUGGAGGAAAUAUGGGCACCAAAUAGACUAUGUGAACUUCCAGUUUUAUGCAUAUGAUAAGGGAACCACUGUGCCUCAAUUUCUUGACUACUUCAAAACCCAAAGCUCUAAUUAUAAUGGUGGUAAGGUGUUAGUAAGCUUUGGUACUGAUGCUAGUGGUGGGUUAAAACCUGAUAAAGGCUUCUUUAAAGCCUGCGAGAAACUCAAGAGUCAGCAGCAACUACAUGGUAUCUUUAUUUGGUCAGCGGAUGACUCCAAGGCAAAUGGUUUCCGCUAUGAGAAAGAAGCGCAAGGACUUUUAGCAGGUCAACGCUAAUAUUGUCAUCAAAUUAUGUAAUGAAGGUAUUGCUGAUGUUAGAUCCCAGUUGCCUGUACUACUGAACUUUUAUUUUCUAGUAUAUUUCUAAUUCAUGUUUGUGUUUUGAGUGUUUGUAAGAGCACAUUGUAUUUUAACUUGUUUUCUACUAGUGUGAGAUUAUGUUUGUUGUGGCUUUUGGCAUAUAUUUGGAUCCUCUGCACUAUCUAUUCAUCUAUGGAAACUUGCAGGAACUGGGCUUUGUUAUAA